AGGCUCGCCGACGCGUCUGGGAAGCAGAAAUCCGCGGAGCGCUCUGACUUCAACUCCGUACCACCUCACUCUCCCUUGUGUCGGGCUGGGGGUCUACAGCGAAGCCUUUAUCCUUUUCAUUUUUUUUUUCUUUUUAAGCAAAACUAAAAUUCAGCCAGUCAUCUCUAUAGUUUCAUUCAUGCACUGCUGAGACCAGCGGAGCUGAAGAUGAAGAGUAGGCUCUCUCUGGCAGCGGUUGCUGCCGUCCUGGCACUGCUGCUGUCCUCCUCUCAGGCCCAGGAGCAAGUGGACUCUCCAUCAGACUUAAGAUUUAGGAUUUUAAGUGAGAACUCAGUGGAAAUGAUGUGGAGGAGACCACGGUCGAGGAUACAGGGUUACAGAAUAGAAGUGACCUCAGACACAGAAGAACCAACAAAAGAAUUUACUCUUCCUGCAUCUGCCACUAAGACCUCCAUUUCAGACCUGACUCCAGAUGUGGAUUAUGCCGUAACAAUAACUGCAUAUUCUGGAUCAGAGCAGAGUCUGCCCAUCUCCGGCCAGAUCACACUUGAAUCUAGUGGAAGCAGAAGAGGAACUUCCAGGAAACCAGAUGCUUCAGAUUCAGUCAGAUGCUCUGCCAGCAUCAUUGGCGAUGUGGUGUUCUUGGUGGACGGCUCCUGGAGUGUGGGCAGGCCAAACUUCAAAUACAUUCGCUCCUUCAUCUCUGCGGCUGCCGGAGCCUUUCAUAUCGGCGAGGAAAAAACCCGGGUAGGCGUGGUCCAGUACAGUGAUGACGCCAGGACUGAGUUCAACCUGAACGAACACCAGAACAGACCGGCGCUUCUGCGGGCCAUCGGCUCAAUGCCGUACAAAGGAGGCAACACGAACACAGGUGACGCUCUGGACUACGUUUUGAGAAAUGCUUUCAGUGAGGCGUCCGGCGCCAGAAAUGGUCUCCCCAAAGUGCUGGUGAUCAUCACAGAUGGCAAAUCUGAGGAUCCAGUGGCGAGCUAUGCCAAACAGCUCCGGAGCACGGGGGUGGAGAUCUUUGUCCUCGGUAUCCAACAGGCAGAUGAAGAGGAGAUGAGGCUAAUGGCCUCUACCCCUUACGGCAGUCACAUCUACAGUGUGGCCACCUUCGACAUGAUAAAGAAUGUGCAAAAACAGCUCAUUACUCGGAUGUGCGCUGGUGUAGAAGAUCAGCUCAAUGUAGUCGUCAGUGGAGACGAAUUUGUUGAGCCAGCCUCCAAUCUCCAGGUCCAGGAGGUAAUCUCAAAGUCCAUGCGGUUGAUGUGGGACCCCUCUAUCGGAGAUGUUUCCGGAUACAAGAUUCAGCUGAUCCCUAUGAUGGCUGGCAGCAUGCGUCAGGAACUGUAUGUGGGCGCAGGCCAGACCUCGGUGGUGGUCCGAGGUCUCUCGGCAGAUACAGAGUACCAAAUCAUUCUGUUUGCCUUGAAGGGGUUGACACCCAGCGAGCCCAUCACGGCCAUGCAGAAGACUCUGCCAGUUAGAGUUUCACUGGAGUGUUCCCUUGGUGUGGAUGUGCAAGCUGAUGUUGUCCUUCUGGUUGAUGGAUCCUAUAGCAUUGGUCUGGCAAAUUUUGCCAAAGUAAAAGCCUUCCUAGAAGUGUUGGUCAAUACCUUUGACAUUGGACCUGACAAAGUUCAGAUCAGCUUGGUCCAGUACAGCAGGGAUCCUCACCCUGAGUUCUACCUGAACACUCACCACGAUCUAAAUGCCGUGGUCAAGGCUGUGCGAAAUUUCCCAUACCGUGGCGGCUCCACCAACACCGGCAGGGCCAUGACUUAUGUCAAGGAGAAGAUAUUCCAGGCUGCCAGAGGAGCGCGUGCCAAUGUUCCUCGUGUCACCAUCCUCAUCACUGAUGGAAAAUCCUCUGAUGCCUUCCAAGAGCCGGCCACCAGGCUGAGAAAUGCUGAUGUGGAGAUUUUUGCUGUGGGUGUUAAGGAUGCUGUGCGAAGUGAGCUUGAGGCCAUUGCUAAUCCACCUGCAGAGACCCAUGUGUACACUGUAGAAGACUUUGAUGCCUUCCAGAGGAUUUCCAAAGAACUCAUUCAGUCCAUCUGCCUCCGGAUUGAACAGGAACUCCGCAACAUCCUCCAGAGACAACUGAUCUCACCAAAGGACCUGACCUUCUCAGAGAUCGGCUCCAGAAGCUUUAGGACCUCAUGGAAGACGGACGCCACCAAUGUUGAGUCCUACCUGGUUCAGUUCAGGCCGGCAGAUGACCCCGACGGGCAUUUUGUGUCCAUGUCUGUGCCCGGGAACUCCCUGACUGCCUUCCUGCCCUACCUCAACCCUUACACUCGCUACGAAGUCAACAUCUACGCCCACUACGAGAAAGGGGAAAGCUUGCCUGUGACUGGCUAUCAGACCACGCUAGAAGAACAAGGCCCAAUUAGCAACCUCAGAGUAUCUGAAGAGACAACAGACAGCUUCAGAGUGUCAUGGCUAGCAGCUCCCGGACCAGUCAUUCGCUACCGACUCAACUAUGAACCGGUCGACGAUGAGAGCCGGAGGAUGGAGACGACCACCACUGGCAGGGAGAUAACCACCGUGCUCCACGAGCUUCGGCCUCAAACCACCUACCGUGUCACCGUCACUCCCGAAUACCCGUCCGGCCCCGGAGCGCCGCUACAGACUGUGGGCACUACCAAAGAAGAGGGGGGUCCUCCUAAAAACCUGGUCACCAGCGAUGUAACUGACACCAGCUUCGUGGCGUCUUGGACAGCGGCGCCUGGGAAUGUGAAUACGUAUCGUGUUCAGUGGAAGUCAAUGUUUUCCCAGGAGAUCCAAGAAAAAACGGUGCCAGGAGAUGAAACCAGCACCGUGCUGGAAGGUCUGACUCCAGAGACACUUUACCAAGUCUCUGUGGUCGCUGCCUACCACCACAAAGAGAGCGAGCCAGUCACGGGAUCAGAAAUCACAGAUGCCUCUGCUGAUGGGAAAAGACUGAGAGUGUCAGACGAGACAGAGAAAACCAUGAGAGUCACGUGGACGCCGGCGCCGGGCAAGUUGCUCAACUACCGGCUGAAGUACGUUCCCCACAAUGGAGGCAAAGAAGUGGUCCAGAAAAUCCCUGCGAAGGCCACUUCUACCAUCAUGAAGAAUCUAAAGCCCGCGACCACAUACAAUGUCACCGUUCUGCCCAUCUACAAGCGCAGGGAAGGAAAAGCAAGGCAAGGAGUAGGAACGACACUGUCACCGUACAAGAGUCCCAGGAACCUUCAGACCUCAGAGCCCACCAGGACCAGUUUCAGAGUGUCCUGGGAUCCAGCACCUGGGGAUGUCAGGGGCUACAAAGUCACCUUUCACCCCACAGGGAAUGAUAUUGACCUUGAGGAGCUCCUUGUUGGCCCCUACGAUAACACAGUUGUUCUAGAGGAACUCAGAUCAGGAACAAAGUACUCUGUCGCUGUGUUUGGGAUGUUUGAUGGAGGAGAGAGUUUGCCUCUUGCAGGAGAGGAAAAGACGACUCUCAAGGAUGAACCCGAAUCUCCUAAUGUCACUCUUUCUGACGCUCAGUGUAAGACCACAGCGAAGGCCGACAUCGUGCUGCUGGUCGACGGCUCCUGGAGCAUUGGACGCAUUAACUUCAAAACCAUCCGCAGCUUCAUUGGUCGCAUGGUCAGCGUGUUUGACAUCGGCCCAGAAAGAGUCCAGAUUGGUCUGGCUCAGUACAGCGGUGACCCAAAGACUGAAUGGCACCUGAACGCCCACCCCACCAAAGAAUCCCUGAUGAAUGCUGUUGCCAACCUGCCAUAUAAAGGAGGAAACACCAUGACAGGAAUGGCUCUGAACUUCAUCCUUCAGAACAACUUCAAACCCAACGUGGGGUUGCGUCCAGACUCCCGCAAAAUAGGCGUCCUGAUCACUGACGGAAAAUCCCAGGAUGAAGUCAUCGUAAAUUCACAGAACCUGAGAGACAGCGACAUCGAGCUCUAUGCUAUUGGUGUAAAAAACGCUGAUGAGAAUGAGCUGAGGUCCAUCGCCUCUGACCCAGAUGACAUUCACAUGUACAACGUCAACGACUUCAAGUUCCUGCUGGACAUUGUUGACGAACUCUCUGAAAACCUGUGUAACAGUGUUAAGGGCCCAGAUGAUGAGUCAGUGGCGGCGCCCACCAACCUGGUGACCUCGGAGGUGACACAGAGCUCUUUCCGCGCUACCUGGACUCCACCCGACGGUCCCGUGGACCAAUUCCGUGUCACUUACGUGAUGGCGGCCGGGGGACCCACUGAGGAGGUGCUGGUCGACGGAUCCGUGAACACCUUAGUGCUGCAGAAACUGUCGCAUCUGACCGAGUACAUUGUCAAUGUUUACUCUGUGGUUGGCGAGGUGAACAGCGAGCCUCUGAAGGGCACUGAGACCACAUUGCCGCUGUACACAGUGAAGAACAUGAACGUGUAUGAUGAGACCUCAGUCUCCAUGAGGGUCAGCUGGGACGGAGUAGUCGGCGCCACCGGCUACAUGCUGCUGUACAAUUCCAUCAAUGCCUCCGAGCCUCAGCUGGAGAGUGAGCUACGUGUUGGAGAUGUAACCAGUACCCAGCUGGAGCAGCUGAUACCAAACACAGCGUACAACAUCAGAAUUUACGCUGUGUACGGAGAAGCCACCAGCGAGCCUCUGGAGGGCACGGGAGUCACCUUGCCCAGGCCGGCUGCCGGACAACUGAGAAUCAGCGACGUUACUCACAGCACCAUGAGGCUCAACUGGGAUGCUGCUCCUGGACCCGUCCGCAAAUACAUCAUCACCUACAAACCUGAGGAAGGAGAAGUGAAAGAGAUCGAAGUUAAUGGCGACAUUACCACCCUGGUGCUGUCCAGCCUCAUUUCCCAGACAGAAUAUGAUCUAGCUGUCACCCCGAUCUAUGACGACGGUCCCGCGACCCCGAUGCUCGGCAGCGCCAUCACAGAUGUUGUUCCUGCGCCCAAGAACCUGCGGUUCUCUGAGGUGACCCAGUCCUCGUUCAGAGUCACGUGGGAACACGGAGGCCCCGACGUGUCCCUUUACCGUGUUGGCUGGGUUAAAAGGGGGGAGACAAACUUCCAGCAGGAUAUCCUGAAUAGCGACCAAACCUCCCACGUUCUGGAGAAUUUGGACCCUGACACCGACUACUCUGUCACCGUCACGGCCAUCUACCCAGAUGAGUCAGAGAGUGAAGAUCUGAUGGGAAAUGAACGCACAUUGUUAAAGUCAAUACCAGCCGUGCCUCCUGCGUCGCCCAAAAACCUGAGAGUUUUAAACGCCACCACCACCACACUGACGGCGAAGUGGGAGCCCGCCCCCGGCACCGUCCAGAAUUACAAGAUCACUUACAGACCAGUCGCUGGAGGCGAGGCCCUCAUAACGCAGGUUGGAGGGAAGAAGACGAGCGUCAUCCUGCAGAAGCUGGAGCCUGACACGCCAUACUCUAUCAGCGUCGCAGCGGUGUAUGCCACCGGCAUCAGCAAAGAUAUCUCAGAAGAAGGAAGAACCAAGCCUCUGGGCGGAGUCAGGAACCUGCAGGUGCUGAACCCAACCAUGACCACCCUGAAUGUGCGCUGGGAGCCCGCCGAGGGCCGAGUGAAGGAGUACAGAGUCAUCUAUGCUCCUGCUGCUGGAGGAGAUGAGAGCAUGGAAACUGUGUCCGCGGGCACAACCACCACCAUCCUGCGAGGACUGCAGCCCGACACUCUCUACACUGUGACCCUGGUGCCGGUUUAUGCUGCAGGAGAUGGAAAGAGGAUGUCUGAAAAUGGAAAGACAAAGCCUCUGGGCGGAGUGAAGAAUCUCCAGGUGACCGACCCCACCGUCAACUCACUGAGGGUCCGCUGGGACCCGGCCGAGGGCGACGUCAGACAGUACCAGAUCAUCUACGUCCCCGCCGCUGGAGGACCGGAGAGCAUGACUCAGGUGUCUGGGAUUACAACCAACACAGUGCUGAGAGAGCUGCGUCCAGAUACUGAGUACAAAGUGACACUGGUUCCCAUUUACCUCGACACGGAGGGAAAACGAGCAUCGGAGAACGGAAAGACCAAGGCUCUGGGCGGAGUGAAGAACCUCCAGGUCAGUGAUCCCACCACCAGCUCCCUGAAGGUGCGCUGGGAACCGGCGGAGGGCAACGUCCGGCAGUACCGCAUCUUCUACGUGCCCGCGUCCGGAGGGGCCGAGGACAUGGAGCAGGUGUCCGGCGGCACAACCAACACCAUCCUAAGGAACCUGCUAUCAGACACUCCCUACACUGUGACCGUGGUCCCAGUUUACCCUGAAGGAGAAGGUCUCCGGCAGUCAGACAAGGGAAAGACACUUCCACGCAUGCCACCCAGGAAUAUCAAGGUGUACAAUCCCACCCCCAAUACCCUAAAUGUGCGCUGGGAGCCAGCCACGGGCCAGGUUCAGCAGUACCGGGUGGCUUACGCCCCCCUAACCGGUGCAAGCCCAUCUGAGUCGGUUCUGGUUUCAGGAAGUAUUAACAACGCCUUCCUGGACAACUUGAUACCGGAUACUCCCUACUCCGUCACUGUCACCGCUCUGUACGCCGACGGCGAGGGAUCAGCGGUGAAGGACAAUGGCAAAACAUUACCCCGUGCUGGUCCCAGGAACAUGCGUGUGUUUGACGCCACCACAAGCAGCCUGACCAUUGGCUGGGAUCACGCUGAAGGGCCCGUAAGACAGUACAAGAUCACCUACGCACCCAUGACUGGAGACCCCAUCACAGAGUCUACUCUGGUUUUAGGAAACAGAAACAAUGCCAUGCUUCAGAAUCUGCUCCCGGACACCCCAUACAACAUCACUGUGGAGGCCAUCUAUGCCGAGGGGCCUGGAGGAUCCCUCAACGGGAACGGACGUACAAUCGGCAUGUUGAGUCCCAGAAACCUUCGGAUCUCGGACGAGUGGUACACGCGCUUCAGGGUGGCCUGGGACCCGGUGUCUGCACCCAUCCAGGGAUACCGGCUGAUCUACACCCCUGCAGGCAUGAACCAGCCCAUCGACUUCUUUGUUGGAGACGUGAGCUCUUACACUCUGACCAACCUGCAGCCUGGAACCACCUACGACGUCAAAGUGCUGGCACAGUACACCAGCGGCGUGAGCGCGCCACUCAUUGGCCAGGGGACGACACUCUACCUGAACGUAACCAACAUUGAGACCUACGCCAUCGGCCACGACAAGUUCUGCAUCAAGUGGACGCCACACAGAGCGGCCACGUCUUACCGCAUUAAACUCAACCCAGCGGACCCAUCCAGUAAAGGACAGCAUGAAAUCACCAUUCCCGCCGGCCUGCCUCAGUACUGCUUUGACGGACUCUCCCCCGAUGCUCUGUACACCGCCACUGUCUUCGUUCAGACGCCAAAUCUGGAAGGCCCAGGAGUCAGCACCAAAGCGAGGACCUUGCAGGAGCCAACUCCAGACCCAACAACCCCGCCUACUCCAACAGCUCCACCCACCAUUCCCCCUGGAUGGGCAGUCUGCAAAGGCGCCAAAGCAGAUGUGGUGUUCCUUAUCGACGGCUCGUGGAGUAUCGGCGAGGAGAGCUUCACCAAGGUGGUGCACUUUGUCUCCGACAUGAUUGCCGCUUUUGAUGUCAUCGGACCCUCAGGGAUGCAGGUGUCAUUUGUGCAGUACAGCGACAACGCUAAGACCGAGUUCAAGCUGAAAGCUUACAAGGACAAAGGCCUCGCCAUGGCCGCGCCUUCUUACAUUCGUUACCGAGGAGGAAACACCAAAACAGGAGAGGCGCUGAAACACACUUAUGAGAAGGCCUUCUCUCUUGAAAACGGGAUGAGGAGAAAUGUCCCCAAGGUGGUGGUAGCCAUCACUGAUGGACGCUCUCAGGAUGAGGUGAAGAAGAACGCCGCCAGGCUCCAACACGCAGGUUACAGCGUCUUUGCCAUCGGUGUCGCUGACGUGGAUUUCAUUGAGCUGCAGCAGAUUGGCAGCAAACCCAGCGAGAGACACGUUUUUGUUGUGGACGACUUUGACGCUUUCAACACCAUCAAAGAAAACCUGAUCACCUUCAUCUGCGAAACUGCAACUUCCUCGUGCCCCUUAAUUUUUGUGAAUGGAUUUACUUCACCUGGCUUCAGGAUGCUGGAGGCAUUCAACCUGACGGAGAAGACCUACAGUUACAUCAAAGGCGUCUCCAUGGAACCCGGCUCCUUCAACAGCUACACAGCAUACAGACUUCAUAAGAACGCCUUCCUGACUCAGCCUACUACAGACAUCCACCCUCUUGGUCUUCCCCACGCCUACACCAUCAUUAUGAUGUUCCGCCUCCUGCCCGACACGCCCAAGGAGGCCUUCGACAUCUGGCAGGUGUCGAGCAAAGAUCACAAACCAGAGACCGGCGUCACCCUUGACCCAUCCAGCCAGACCGUUUCAUUCUACAACAAAGACGAAAGCGGCGAGCUACAGAGAGUCACAUUUGACACGAGGGAAGUGAAGAAGAUCUUCCAUGGAAGCUUCCACAAGCUGCACAUCCUGGUUUCACCCACCAACGUCCAGCUCAACAUCGACUGCCAGGUAGUGGCCGAGAAGCAGAUCAAGGCCGCUGGAAACAUGUCCAGCGAUGGCUACCAGGUCCUGGGCAAGAUGUCCAAAUCCAUCGGCUCCAAAGGAGAAUCGUCAACUUUCCAGCUCCAGAUGUUCGACAUUGUCUGCAACUUGGCCUGGACCAGCCGAGACAGAUGCUGUGACCUCCCAUCGAGGAGAGAUGAGAUGAAGUGUCCGUCUCUUCCUAACGCCUGCACCUGCACCUCGGAGGCCAACGGGCCGCCAGGACCUCAGGGACCAGUGGGUGCCCCCGGCAGCAAAGGUCCCAGAGGUGAAAGAGGAGAGCCCGGUUCUGCUGGACCGUUGGGCCCGCGGGGAGAAAUUGGACCACCUGGGCCCAUGGGUCUGCCCGGCCCUCAAGGACCGAGCGGGCUGUCGAUUCCAGGAGAAGCUGGCCGUCCUGGACCAAAGGGAGACCCCGGUGAUUCCGGCUUACCUGGGCAGAAAGGUUCUCGUGGUCCUCCUGGUCCUGUUGGCCCAUUGGGACCCGCCGGAGUGAGGGGCCCUCAAGGAAAGGAAGGCCCAGCUGGACCUAGAGGAGCCCCAGGGCCCAUGGGACCUCCAGGAUCUCCUGGAGUACCAGGUACCACAGGAAAACCAGGAAAUCCUGGAGACUCUGGUCCUCCUGGUCCCAACGGUCCAAAGGGAGACAAGGGAGAGAGAGGUGACUUUGCUCCUCAGAACAUGAUGCGAUCCAUUGCCAGACAGGUUUGCGGACAGUUAGUCCAAGAACAAAUGACUCGGGUGAACUCGUUAUUGAAUCAAAUCCCCAGCAACAUGUACCGCAACAAUAACCCAGGCCCUCCGGGCCCUCCUGGACCUCCUGGCAAUCAGGGACCCCGUGGAGAGCCGGGCGCCACAGGAAGGAACGGAUUCCCCGGAAGUUCCGGAUUGCCCGGCCAGCAGGGAGAGAGAGGUCCCCCAGGAGAGAAAGGCGAUCGAGGAACUUCAGUAGUUGGAGCGAAAGGACCGAGGGGACCUCCAGGUCCAUCAGGAGAGAGCAGGACUGGACCCCCAGGCCCUUCAGGCUCUGCUGGAUCUCGCGGACCACCUGGACGUCCAGGAUACGCCGGAGUCCGUGGGCCUCCUGGACCUCCUGGAUACUGCGAUUCCUCUCAGUGUGUCGGUAUUCCUUACAAUGGGCAGGGAUACAUAGGCCAAUACCCAUCUGAACCUGACACCCAAGUAGUCCAGUUCCCCGAGGAGGACGGCGAGUUGCAAAACCAGCGUCAAAAGAGAUCACUACCAAGAAAGACAACCAGCAGGCUAACAUCAUAAAGACAAGUAGCGUUUUCUUUAUCCGUUUAAUUUUCUUCACCUUAACCUGUGUUUGUUCAUGAAAUUAUAAAUAAAAAUGGGGUUUGACACCUCAAAUUUAUUGGGUAAUACAUUUCAAUGCCUUAAAAUCUAUGUGAAUAUUCUUUUUUGUGUCAGGCGAAGGGUUUAGACUGAUGAUGUUCGGGGGUGACUGGCACAAUUUUAAAAUAGACAAAAAACAAACUACAAAAACCUGUGAGCUUUCCUUUACCAUUUGUCUUUUUGCUUGUAACAUAUUUGCAUUGAGUUUGUAUUGACUAGCAGUGUUCAACAGUGCACUCAUGGUAACAAGGCUAGCAAUAGUACAGCAGGAAGGAAAAUGUUCAGUGUCAGGACAUCACAUAUGAAAUGUUUAUUGUUUUGCUUUCACACUUCAUCCAGUAUGUUCAGUAUAACCUUCCUCAUUCAGUUCAUCUUUUAGGAAGUUCAGUUAAACACCGCUUUCAUUUUGUAUCUUUAUAUUUAUCAGUUUUCCUUUAUUCUGUCACAGCUAAUUUUUACCAAAGGUGGAAUUGCAUGUCUGUGGUGUAUAUUUAGUACAUGUUCACUACAUUUCAUCUUGUUUUAAUCAGAAUAUUUGUCAUCGUCAUUCUCAUCGUAUCAAAUGCGGUCAAAACCUGCGUGCAAGACUAUGGAAAUGGUCUUGCUGCUUCAUGUUUUAACUGCAGAUUGUGAAUUCCACAGCCUUAUUUUCUUAUUUAUUUCUGAAAACAGAAGAGGCAUUUUUCAAUAAAACUACUGAA